CUGGUGAAGCUAGCCAUAGGGUCAAAGGUUAACCUUCUGGACACUCAUUGAUCCGAGGCUGUUGGCAUCAACCAGAGUGGCUCAGUGCUGAACUCAGUCCUGUUUCCUCGUCCAAUCAUUAACCUCCUGCAGUCGUCCUCUGCUGCUCCACUCAGCUCCGUCCUCCAGUCCUCCAGCAGCCUGCAGACGUUCGGACCCUGACGUGUCCUGGCCGCUCCUGACUGUCCCCAUUGCAUUGCUGGGAUGGGCUUCACCGACCUGCUGGACCAGGUGGGUGGCUUUGGCAGGUACCAGUGGAUCCAUGUGAUCCUAAUCAGUUUACCUGGUCUGAUGACGGCGAGUCAGAACCUGCUCAACAACUUCGUCUCAGGAAUCCCGGUCCACCACUGCAAACCAGCCACCAAUCAGACUCUGCAUGACCUGGGGCGCAUCUACCAGGUGGACGAGCAGCAGCUCCUGAAGGUCUUCAUCCCUCCAGAUCCUUCAGGAAAUAGACUCGACCGCUGCAGGAGGUAUGUGGAGCCUCAGUGGCAGAUGUUGAGCCUGAACAUGUCUCUGAACGCCAGCGAGCUGCAGACCGAAGGAUGCGUGGAUGGAUGGAUCUUCGACCAAUCAGAGUUCUCAGCCACCACCGUCUCCGAGUGGGACCUGGUGUGCUCUCUGCGUCCUCUGAAGCAGAUGAUCCAGACCAUCUAUAUGGGUGGCGUUUUAACUGGAGCCAUUGUGUUUGGUGGCCUGUCGGACAGGUUUGGCAGGAAGUCUGUCCUUAUAUGGUCAUAUCUACAGCUGGCUGUGCUUGGCUGUAGCUCCGCCCUCUCUCCAUCAUACACCGCCUAUUGCAUCUUCAGGUUUCUGAGCGGGAUGGCCUUGUCUGGAAUCAUCCUCAACGGAGUCUCACUCAAGGUGGAGUGGAUCCCAACCAAAACACGGACAGUAGUGGGGACUCUCACCUCCUUCUUCUUCACCUUUGGUCAGAUGAUCUUGGCAGGCCUUGCCUAUUGGCUGAGAGACUGGAGGAAGCUCCAACUGGUCGUCUGUGCGCCUCAGUUCCUGUUCUUCACCUACAGCUGGUGGUAUGCAGAGUCGGCUCGUUGGCUGGUGCUGAACCGUCGGUCGGAGGAAGCCUUAAAGGGUCUCCACAGAGUCGCUCGGAUCAAUCGGAGACCAGAGGUCAUCAACAAACUGACCUUAGAGGUACUUCACUCUCACAUGAGUAAAGAGAUUGAGUCGAGCCACUCAUCGUUUACAGCCUUCGAUCUGCUGAAGACCAGAAGAAUAAGACGAAUCUCCAUCUGUCUGACAGCAGUCUGGUUCUCCACCAGUUUUGCUUACUAUGGUUUGGCGAUGGACCUGCAGAAGUUCGGGGUGAGUUCUCUGAUUUCUGCUCACCUGUCUGUCCUCUCACCUGUCUUCCUUGUUUCUGGAGUGAACUGCAUUCUGAUUGGCUGUGGGCCGUUCCAGGUAAGUAUUUACCUGAUGCAGAUCAUCUUUGGAGCCGUAGAUAUUCCUGCAAAGUUCUUGGCUCUGGGCAUGCUCAGUUACCUGGGGAGGCGGGUCUCCCAGGUGUCGUGCCUCUUCCUGUCAGCUAUCAUCAUCUUUGCCAACAUCUUUGUCCCCACAGACAUGCAGAACCUCAGAACCACCCUGGCCUGUCUGGGUAAAGCCUUCACAUCGGCCUCCUUCACCACUGUUUACCUGUACACCGGAGAGCUCUAUCCCACUGUCAUCAGGCAGACGGGAAUGGGCUUCGUCUCCACAAUGGCGAGGAUUGGCAGCAUGGCAGCGCCUGCAGUUCUGAUCCUGGACGAGGUGUUUCCUGCACUACCCAGUAUGGUCUAUGGGGGCGCUGCAGUGCUGGCCAGCGGUUUUGCCUGCUUCCUGCCGGAGACGCUCAACAAGCCGCUGCCUGACACCAUCAAGGAUGUGGAGGAAAACAGGUCUGAAGGAAGCUGUGGCUCCCACCUGAAAGAGGGCGUGGCUCUGAAAGAGGGCGUGGUUUCUCCUGAUGACUGGGGCGUGGUCACAAAGGAAGGCGUGGCUUUAAAAGGACUGAAUGAGAAAGAAGGGAGUGGCCUCAGUGCUCUCUAACUAAUCACAGGAUGCUACAUCACAGUACCUGGACCCAUCACAGUGUCUGGACCAAUCACAGCAGGCCAAUUAGACAUAUGGACAAUUUUAACAGUAAAAUUUAAUCUAUAAUCAAUAAGCAGGUGAUUGUUUAGAGAUGAGAAGAACAUGAGCUGACCAGAUGAUGAAUGACGUUUAAUGUCUAGAGUUGAGAUAUGAAUAAAUUGACUGAAGACACUGAUUAUUGAUCACUGGUUAUUGAUUACUGAUUAUUGUCCGAAGCACUUAUUGGCUGCCGUCAAUAAACAUAUUGAUAAACUGA